AUGGCGGCAGCACCAAUUUUCGAAGGCGAGGUUGACCUACAUGUGCCAGAUGCGGGAAAGCCAUGCAGAACAUGGUACAAAGUUCUAGGCAAACUCGAUAAACCGACACUGAUAGGUCUUCACGGUGGCCCUGGUGCAGGUCAAGCAUAUUUGUCACCCUUGUACGACGUAUACAACGAUUGUGGCAUCCCAAUUGUCACAUACGAUCAAAUUGGCUGUGGUCGCUCUACCCAUUUCCCAGAGAAGAUGGGGGAUGCGUCCUUUUGGACCGUCGAACUCUUCGUUAAGGAACUUGAAAACCUCAUCGAGCACCUGGGACUGCGUGAGAAGGGCUUCUACUUGUUUGGACAAAGCUGGGGCGGUAUCCUGGGUGGUGUUUACGCUGCCAGUGCUCCGUCUGGACUCAAGAAGCUCAUCCUGGCCAGCGCACCGUCCAGCAUGCCGCUGUACGCAAAGGGUUGCAAAGAGCUUGUAUCCCAACUGCCCGAAGAUGUACGCAAAAUCAUCGAGGAUUGUGAGCGCCGAGGUGACUAUGAGAGCCCCGAGUUCGAGCAGGCCUCUGGAGUCUUCUACGCGCGACACUUUUGUCGGAUGGACCCAAUGCCCGAAGACAUUCAGUUGUGCUUUCAAAAUGUCAAAGAAGACCCUACGGCAUACAUGACCAUGUAA